GUCCUCAGUCCUUUACAAGGGAGGUUGAUGAGUAAGAGGCUGUGAGCUGAGUGCAGUGUACAGCUCCCUCCACCUGUCUGUACAGUCCUAGGAUCACAGGACGCAGCAUGAUAUUACAAAGUGUGGACAGCUUGUGAGCGAUCCUAGAUAAAGGAGGAAGAACCUGAUCACCCGACUCUACUACACAAUGAUCCACAGAGAGCUCAACAAGGAGAUAGAGAGCUGACAAAGGAGGACUGCCAGCCAGUCCCAGCAAGGACUGCACAACACACUUUUAUUUAGGACUCUGCGCGAUCGAUGGACUUUACUUUGGGGGGAACUGGAUAGAGAUAAGAAGCCUGGGAUUCUCCGCUUCCAUUCAUUGCCUUUGGAGGGGGGAGACACCAGCACAUUCGGAUUUUGCUGUAAUGUGAGACUGAGCUGCACUUGUUGGCUGACACCGACUCGGGACUACAGACGAUCUGCACACACACAGCUCUCCAUAGUGUGGGGGGGAGAUCGCCUGGAAGGGUCCCCUAUUACCUACCACCGACAUGCUGCCCACCAGCCUCCAGAUGGUGGAAUAGAUCCGGACAGCAACAAUGAUGGCCCUCUUAAAUGGAAUGUGGUGUAAUCACUGGAAAAGGAAGAUGCAGCAUAUGUUAUAUUUUAUCACUGUUUAUUUGGCUGCUGUUCAGCAUACUGUUUUAGGCUGUGCUAACUGCAAGUUAUUGUUGAGAGAUCUCUCCGGUAAAUUCACCUCGCCAUGUUACCCUGAUUUGUAUCCGAACAGCCAGGAUUGCAAUUGGACAAUCAUUUCACCAGUUGGAUUUAUCGUUCAGGUUACAUUUUUGGACUUUGAUAUUGAAGAAGCUCAGAACUGCAUGUAUGACUAUGUUUCAAUAUACAAUGGAGAGACCACAUCAAGAUUUUGUGGAAUUACAGCUAAAGGUUUAACAUUUAACUCAACCGGGAAUGAGAUGACAAUAGGUUUUGUAAGUGACUUUAGUAUCCAGAAAAAAGGCUUCAAGGCAAUAUAUACACAGGUGGCUGUAUCGUUAAGAAACCAAAUAGUCAGUGUACCACAGAACCAAAGCUCAGGACUCGUUACAUCCAACGUUUCUAUUCCUCCACUGACUCAAAUGACUGUCUGUUUCGAAGCUACAAAAACCAACAACAGUACAAAGAACUGGGCAAUUUUUUCUUACACAAACUCUACAACAAAUCUCCUAAGUUUCGGAAGAACAGAAAAUGGGUAUACGUUGUUUAUUUUGGGUGUUCCUUGCCGUUUAAAUCUAUCCUCAUCUCCAUACCCCGGUGAAGAGUUUUUCACAUCAUCAUUUCGCCAGCUGUGUAUAGUAUGGAAUAACCAGUCAGAGGAGAUAUUUGUGAAGGCCGGAAAUGCUAAUUUGUCUAAUCUCUGCCCAGAUGCAAGGGAUCUGACAAUCCCUGGCAGUGGAAAGUUCAUGUUAGGAUCUUAUAAUUCGACAUCAAAACCGCUGCAAGGAGAUGUUUACAAUUUUCGUCUAUGGAAUAUUUCAAUGGGUUUUGAUGCACUUGCAAACCUGACCUGUGAUAAUAUAGGAAAUAUUAUAAACUGGGAGAACAGGUAUUGGAACAUCCCAUCAUGGGCCAGGAAAACAGAAAGCAAACUUAGCUGUGGAACAUCCUUACCAGUAAUUCCAACACACCCAACUACAUGUGAAAAGCUGGCUGGUGUUUGUCAAGCAGCUACAGUGGCACCCAUCUUAACUUCAACAACCAUUGUAACUUCCACAUCUACUACUACUUCGGCCACCACUGUAUCUUCUCCAUCCAUUAAUACUUCAACAACCACUGUAACUAGACCAUCUACUGUAACAUCAUCCCCCAUGCCAUCUCAUGUAACUCCACCGUCUAAUGUAACUUUUUCAUCAUCCACUGCUAUCAUCACUAACCGUUUUCUUCCUACCAAUAUCACAUAUGCCACUGUAACACCUGCUUUACCAUCUGCUUUCAUCACCACUAACAUUACCACGUAUAGUCCUAUUCCUGCUACAUCAGCAUCCACUAUGAUAGCUACUAACAUGACUACUAACAGCACCGAUAUUCCAGAAACUGGUGGUACAUUUUACAGGAUUGGAAUUACUGUCAUAUCACAAAACAUAAGUGAUCUAACUACUGUCCAAAAUACAGUGUUCACCUGGCUUAACACGACAUUUCAAUUUUGGAAUUAUUCAGUGUAUGUUGUAAAUAUGAGUAUUCAGGCGGAUAGUGCAACCAUUGCUACCAGCUUACCAAACAGACAGAAAAGAUUUGCUAGAAAUUUGAGCAAUCAAAGUUAUGUUGUAUGGGCUCUACUGGUGUAUAAUAAUAGCAACAACAUUGUUUUGGAACAAGAUACAAUUAUGGAUAGAAUUAAUCAAAGUUCUAAUGUUCUCAGUGGUCUGACACUUAAAUCAGUAUCUGUGUCACAAAUUGAAUUUUGCCCAGUUGUGGACUACCCAGCAUCAUACCAUUGGCCUCUAACAAGACCAAAUAAUACCCAGGAAAUACCUUGUCCACAAAGUCCUGGGUAUACAGCUAAAAGGACAUGUUUUUUAGGUCUCCACAACUUUACAACUUAUUGGGGUGAACCAGAUACAACAAAGUGCACGUCAGCUAAUGCAGGAACGUUGGCUAAUGAGUUGCUAAAUCUUACUGCCGAAGAUGAGAUGACAGCAGCUAAAGUCGAAAACGUUGUCCAAACACUGAUGAAAAUCGUCAAUGAUGCGGAAAUCAAUGCUGAUCUAGGGACAACGGUUGUAAAUGUGUUCUCCAAUAUUCUAAGCAGCUCUGACAGCGCAUUAACAAAAUCCUCUUCUGAUGCGUUAAAAACAAUAGAAGCCUUGGCACUAAAGAUUCAAUUUUCAGGACCGUCUGUCAGCAUUGUGUCACGUAACUUGUGUCUGGGAGUUUCCAAAGUAAACGCUACCUCAUACAAUGGUUCCAGCUUCAGCGUGGGAGCUCAAACCAAUAAUAAUGGCUUUCAGAUUGACAUGAACAACAAUCCAGACAACCCUCUGGCUUCAGUGGUCCUUCCAUCUAGCCUUUUGUCAAAAUUAAGUGAAAGUGAUUUCUAUACAGUUUCAAGAGCUCAGUUCACUUUCUUCAGCAAAGCCGGACUUUUUCAGGAUUCGCAACUGAGCUCUGAGAAUAAACAGCUCAACAGCUAUAUUGUGUCAUGCAGCAUUGGAAAUAUUUCUAUUUACAACCUUAUAGAACCUGUUAGGAUUACUGUUAAACAUCGAGCACCACAGGAGAAUGGAAAUGCGACUUGUGUUUUCUGGGACACCACACUAAAUUCUGGACACGGUGGCUGGAGCCAAGCUGGCUGCAAGGUGCUGAUAAACGAAUCCAAUGCUAACGAGACAGUCUGCUUGUGCAAUCAUCUCACAAAUUUUGGUAUACUGAUGGACCUCCAGAGAACGCAGGCAUAUUUAGAUCCAUUGGAUGCAAAAAUACUCACCUUCAUAACAUAUAUUGGCUGUGGAAUAUCUGCCAUAUGUACGGCUGCUACACUCCUGACUUACAUUGCAUUUGAAAAAAUAAGGCGUGAUUAUCCAUCUAAGAUCUUGAUGAACCUGAGCACUGCCCUGCUCUUCCUGAACCUUUUCUUCCUCUUGGAUAGCUGGCUUGCAUCCUUUGAAAUCAAUGAGCUCUGCAUAGCGGUUGCUGCCCUGCUACACUUCUUUCUUUUAGCUACCUUCACCUGGAUGGGAUUAGAGGCUGUACAUAUGUACAUUGCUCUAGUAAAAGUAUUCAAUACAUACAUUCGUCGAUACAUUUUGAAAUUCUGCAUUAUUGGUUGGGGUGUACCUGCUAUAGUGGUUGCCAUUGUUCUGGCUAGUACACACAAGAAAAUUGCUUAUGGAAAUGGUUUCUAUGGACCAAAUUCCGAUGGAACCAGCGCUGAUCCAUUCUGCUGGAUAAAUGACAAUACCGUUUUUUAUGUGACUUGUGUGGCCUACUUUGGAGUUAUGUUCCUGAUGAAUGUAGCCAUGUUCAUUGUGGUGAUGGUACAGAUUUGUGGAAGAAAUGGAAAGAGAACUAAUCGCAGCAUCCGAGAGGAAGUCUUGCGAAACCUGCGCAGUGUUGUCAGUCUUACCUUCCUGCUGGGAAUGACAUGGGGAUUUGCUUUCUUUGCCUGGGGCAAAGCUGCUCUUGCCUUCCUGUAUCUGUUCACUAUUUUCAACUCUUUGCAAGGUUUGUUUAUUUUUGUCUUUCAUUGUGCAUUGAAAGAAAAUGUACAGAAACAAUGGAGGCGGCACUUAUGCUGUGGGAAACUUCGCCUGCCAGAUAAUUCAGAUUGGAGUAAAACAGCCACUAAUAACACAAAGAAGGUCAGCUCAGAUAACCUAGGGAAAUCCCUUUCCACGAGUUCAAUAGGCUCAAAUUCUACAUACUGGACAUCCAAGUCAAAGUCAAAUUCCAAUCAUUUCUUUAAAAGAAACAGUAGCACUGGUUACAUAUUUGGGGACAGAUCCUCAAUCAAGUUUGCACCCGUGGAUGGUGAACAGACAUCAAUUCUUCCAGUUCAUCAUGUUAUCGACAAGGUCAAGGGCUAUUGCCACCCCCACUCAGAUAAUUUCUAUAAGAAUAUUAUUAUGUCAGAUUCCUUCAACCACAGCACCAAAUUCUAGGAUCCAGAGAGACGGGAUCAGACUUAUGUCGGGAUCAUGCUUCACGACAAUUAUAUACUGUAUGCAAGAGGGAAUAUAAAAAAAUUACAUCUGUGUUUUUUUUUUUCUCAGAGACGUUCUUCCAGCAGUUAGAAAUCAGAGCCCCCAUUUUCAGCGAUCUACCAAGCUGUGCACUUUCCUGAUUUGGGUGUUUUCUUUGUAGUAUAAAGAAUAGAAUAACUUAGGAUGACAAACUGUCAUUAUCCUUGUCUAAGCUAAGUCUGGAGAGAAGGCAUCUAAUGAAAAAGUGACUUUUACAUGUAUCUUAUUUCGACAAACACCAUUUAUUUUGGUUAUUUCAUUUACUGGUUUGGAAAAAAUAACUGCUUUGUGAGAUCACAUGUUUUAACCAACAAUCUGGAAUUUCAUUUGUCAUUUUUUUAUGUUUUCAUUUUCAAUAAUUUCAUGCCAAAUUGCAGUAUGCAGGUUUUCAGGGGACAAUUAUUCAUUUAUAGAUAUUACGGAGUUGUAUCCACCUUCUAUGUGCAAGUGCAAGUGUCUUUUUCAGGAAAUGCAAAGAAUUUACAGUCUUUGCGAUUAGUCAGUUUUACUGACUUUGAAUUUCAGCACACCAUGACAGCGUUGUGCACUGGAUAAUUACCAUAUUAUGUACAUUUGAGAUAUAAAAGUAAUUAUACUUUUAGAAUUAAAUGGUCUCCUUGCAAAAAUAUCAACAGUCAAAAUAGAAUGAAGAAGUAUGCUGCAAAUAUUAUUUUUCAACACUAAUUUGUAAGAAUUUUUUAUGCGAGCUGUAUUAUUUGAAGGAAAUACCUUACAUAAGGUUGGACUUCCUUAUUGCACAAAUUAUACAUUCUCCAUGGGUAAAGACUUGUCCCCAAGAUCGUUUAAUGUAUUUUUCUCUUAUUUAUUUAUGUGUUUGUUGUUUAAUAUAACUGUGAAAAGCUAUGUAAAUUAACAGCUAUACAAUUGAAUUUGUAAUGCACUUUGGUAGGCACGUAUUGCAAAAAAAGAAUAUUUACAGUUUGCUCAUUCUGAUUCAUGCUUUUUUAUUAUUACUUUUAAUAUAUUACAUUUUAUAGUUUUAAUUAAGAUGCACCCAAUUUGAACACCUUUUUAUGUAAUAUGAUAUAUGCAGUAUUCUGUUUUCUAUAUUCAAUCUAAUUCUCGUGUAUUUAAUUUUCUGUGAUGCCCCUAGCAAAGGGGAAACUGUUCUACCUGUUAAAAAAAGAAUUUUAAACGAUUACUGCAAACAAUUCUA